AUGGGCGCGCUCUGGAGCAGCAGUUCUGCGCACCUCAGACAGCCUGGUGUAUACGUCGAUGCGGUCUCAGAGCCUGAUGGAGGCUGGAUGGUGUUUGACAUCACAGCUGCCGGGUUGGGUCCUGGUGACUUGCUCCUGCACUGGGGAGUGGGCAAGCAGAGUGCGGAGGAGUGGAUGGUGCCUGUCGAGAGCCAGGCUCGCACCGUCCCAGCAGCCAGCCGAGUCCCAGGCGCGUUGCAGACACCUUUCCCGCGCCCCGAUCGUCAAAACCAGCGGAAAGUGCGGUUGGAGAUCAAUACCGCUGCAGGACUUAAGGGCUUCCAGUUUGUUCUGCACAAGAAGCCCAAUGAGUGGCUCAAGAAUGGAUCCCGAAACUUUUUUCUUGACUUCUCCAACAUAGCCGAUAGUCGUGGCUUCAGAGAUCUGGUCACGCAAGCGACGAAGGAAAACCCAUCUGCCAAGGUCUCAUGCUACAGCUCGAGCGGCGUUGAGGUGGCAAUUCUAGCGCUUCCAGAUGGUCAUUGCUGCAAUGUGCAGGCAUUUGUGCGAUCCGGCCGUGAUCUAGUGCUACAGUAUGGCCCCGCGGGUGAUGAUCAUCGAUGGAAGUCGUCUACGAGGCUGAGCCUGCAAAAGGCUGUGGGCGAUAUUUACAAAGGGCAGAUCAAACUCAAGGCCCAGGACAUCCAGAAAUAUUUGAUGUUCGUUCUUCACGACCCCAGCGUAGACCAAUGGCUGAAGGAUGCUGGCCGAGACUUCGCCUUCGAGCUUCCCAAAGGCAUCAGGCAGAAGGGCGUGGAGCUUGAGGCACAGGCCCCGAAGGAACCAAUCGCCUUCAGUCCAGUGCGGCUCCAAAGGCGGGCAUCCAAGCUUUUCAGCACAUUCGUUGAGGAAAUGCAGCGAGCGGAGCCGGAGGCGAAAAGCAGCUCCUGGACAGUCCCAGGCAAUUAUGGCAUUGAGGUUGUCGUACUGGCAACUGCAGCCCCGGCCUCGUGUCACACUCACCUACUCGUGCAUGCCAAGACGGCGCUGGUUCUGCAGUAUGGUCUAGCUGGGCAGGAUCGAGCCUGGAAAUUCUCCAAGCGAGUGCCACUAGUUCGCGCAGGCACAGACAAAUGGGAGGCCUCUUUCGAAGUGCCAGCAUCAGACAUGGAGAAGUUCCUGAUGUUUGUCUUCCAUGAUGGUGCAGCCAAUCGAUGGAUCAAGCAUGGGCCCCAUGACUUCGAGUUCGAGAUGCCGCGCCACGAGGAGUGGGACCGCAUCCAGGAAAGAGCGAGCACCGAAGAGCCACAGAUCCAGCUGUUCAGUCACCUGAGCUAUGCACUCCCAGCACCGAGGUUGGAUGACGAUCGAUUCAUGAUGGCAUCGCGGAGUCAAUUCCUAGAGGCUAGGCGAGCACGUCAGUCACGAGCAGACAUCUCAUUCACAGCCUUCGAGCUCCAGGGAGACUCUGGCUCGCUGGAUGUUGCAUGCAUCUCCAAGGGCCACAGUCGUGCGAAGGUUGAAAUCAGAGCCUGGCUUCAUCCGCGCCUGGGAGCGUGCCUGAUGCAUUUCGGUGUCUUCGAAACUCCUCAGUCCAGAGAAUGGACAUCGGCCACUCAGAUCAAUGCAGUACAGUGGCCUUCGGACAUGCGAUACGUCGACCACCAAGCAUGCCAGGCAGCUUUGCGCAAGAUGGACGUCGGGAUUCAUGGUCUAGACUUCUCGCUGAGUGCCCACGCGGAAACGGACUCCAACGAGACGACGAUUGUGCCCGACAUUGGUGGUUUCGGCUUCGUGUUAAAAACUGUCGAAGGUGGCAUCUGGGUUAAACCGGCUGACGGGGGGGACGCUGUGGUCCGGUUCUCCCAUCAAAGGAAGUGGAAGGCCGAGAAGGGUGAGGGCACCUGGACCCAAGUGGCCGACAAAAUCGUGGAGCAAGAAAUGAGCAACCACAUGUCAUUGAAGAGGCGUUACGAGCAUUGCCUUGAGUUUCUGGACACGUUUGAAAAGAUCUCGGGCGUCCAGAUGCGACGCCUGCAAUCCUGGAGGACCUUGCUCCAGGUCGAUUCAGGAAAGGCUGUAUGGUCUCGCACACCUUCCAUGCCGCUCGUCGACGAGUCUAGUGAUGAAGAAGAGUUCUGGAGCUGGAUCUUUGUCUGGCAGCGCUUCUCUUUCCAGCAGCUGCUAACAUGGGAGCGGAACAUCAACACGCAGCCUCGAAUGCUUGCGGCCACGAUAAACCAGCUCACACAGCGGCUUGCCGAGCUGUGGAAGUCCACACCCAGCUGCCGCCUCUGGAUCCGCUGGACGCUGGCCACCAUGGGUCGCGGGGGAUCGGCCGGGCAGAAAAUUCGGGACGAGAUCCUGGUAAUCAUGCAUGCCCACCACAUCAAGGAAAUCCACGGGACGUACUACGAACAAUGGCACCAGAAGCUGCACAACAACACAACUCCGGCCGACAUCGGCAUUUGCCGUGCUAUCAUCGCAUAUCUCAAGAGUGGUGGCGACAUGGAGGUCUACUGGCGAGUGCUGGCCGAACACAACAUCACGAAGGAGCACCUGACGUCCUACAGCCGGCCAAUCACAACAGAGCCGUACAUGGUUCAGACGGACAUUGGACGUUUGAUCAGCGACUUUGAGAGGUAUCUCGGCAUCUUGAGAAGCGUGCACGAUGCCCUGGACUUGCAGCUUGCAGUCGACCACGCCAAGGAAUGCCUGCCCAGCAACCUGCAAGGCAGAUUGCGCGACGUUUGCAACAUGGGCGGCACGGGAUUCAACAGCCUGGACGAGGGCCAUGGCAAGUUUAUGCGAGUUGCCGGAGCCAGAGAUGACGUCCUCGCCAUUCUGAACCAUAAGGAUACAGAGGCCGGAGUGAUCAAGCAGCUGCUUGUCAUUGACUACACACUGGAGACUCAGCAGAGCGUCUUGGUCCAGGGUCUUGCCGGCGAGGUACGGCUUCCGCCUCUUGUUGACCAGAUGCGGGCCUUGUUAAUUGGCCUUAUGGGGCAGUUGCCCCUUGAGCCCGAACUCCCGGCGCUCCUUGCCGACUGGAACUCCUUUGCUCACAGCUGUGCCUCGCAGCACAGCGAGGACUCCGCAUUGCUUCUGAAGGCAUUGGUGGAUCGAAUCAGCCGGGUUGUUGGCGAGCUUUCUGACAAAUGUCAGAGACUGAUGGGUCCGAAAGCAGCAUUUCUUGGAGAGGCCGUCGGGGUAUCCAGGAAGAAUAUCGACAUCUUUGUUGACGAGGUGCUGCGUGGCACGUCGCUAAUGGCCGUGAGCCUCAUCUUGCAACGGCUGGAGCCGGUACUGAGGGGCAUUGCACAGUUGCCACCCUGGCAGAUGGUCUCUCCCAUUGAAAAACCUAUCCAGGGCAUGUUCAGACUCAUCGACAAAAUGACGGGAGUGCAAGGAGAGGUCUUCGAGACCCCGACCAUUUUGCUGAGUGGGGCGGUGAGCGGCGAGGAGGAGGUUCCCGACGGAGUUCUGGGCGUGCUGGUGCGAAGUGCCAAGGACGCACCUGAUAUCUUGUCGCACUGCGCCGUGCGGGCGAGAAAUUUCGGGGUGCUUCUCGCAACCUGCUUCGACCCGAAGAUAUCAGAGAACCUGGCCGCCGACUUUGCCGACAAGUGGGUGGAAGUCAGGUGUAGGCCUGAUGGAAACCUGACCAUCGCAGAGGUUGAGAGGCCAACAAACAUGGCAGAAAAACAGGCAGCCGACAACGCGACGGUAGCUAGAACAUCCAAGACCAAGGUGAAGAUGAAUCUGACUGACGACCUGGGCUGCCGUUGGUGUGUGCGCCCGGAUGAAAUGACACGGACAAACGUAGGCUCUAAGAGCCUGAACUUGGCCCUGCUGCGGCCGAAGCUACCCGCAGGAAUACUCACGCCACAGGCCGUGGCGUUGCCAUAUGGAACCAUGCAAAAGUCCUUGCGAGACGAAUGCAAUAAGGAUGUACUACCCAUGCUGGAAAAGGUUGUCAGUCGCUUGCAGCCAUCAACCUCGAACGAGGAUGCACAGAUCAUCUUUGAGGAGGCACAGCAGGUCGUGGAGUCUAUGCACUUCCCCAAGGCCCUGAAGGAGGCGCUUGCUAAGGCCAUGAAAGAAGUGGGCGGUCGGGACGGCGAGGACCGACUAAGCAAGUUGUUUCGGGAUGGCGAUGCUUGGCCAGCCAUCAAAGGUGUGUGGUCGUCGAUGUUUGCUCUUCGACCCUGGGUAUCACUGGCCAAGGCCGGGCGGAGCUUUCAUGACCUGAACAUGGCGGUGCUAGUUCAGGAGCUUGUCGAGGCCAAGUAUGCCUUCGUGCUCCAUACAGUCAAUCCCUUCACGAAAGACAAAGAUGAGCUGUAUGGAGAGAUCGUUGCCGGUAGAGGAGAGACUUUGGUCGGGAACUUCUCUGGCAGAGCCUUGAGUUUUGCAGUGCGUCGAGGGGGUGGCGAGCCGCGGGUUCUCUCGUACCCUAGCAAGAGCGUGGCUUUGCACGCACAGCCCUGUUUGAUUUUCAGGUCUGACAGCAAUGCCGAGGAUUUGGAGGGGUUUGCCGGCGCUGGUCUGUUCGAAUCCGUUUGUGCAGAGGAGGAUAAAGGAGGAUUCCAGCGACUUCAUCGGUUGGGCAUCGUGGAAGAUGCCAGCUAUCGGAGAGAGCUGCUGAAGCGCAUCGCUGAGGUGGGCUGGGCGAUUGAGGAAGCUUUCGAUUGCGUGCCGCAGGACAUUGAAGGCUGCGUGGAUGUCGGGGAGCGAAUUUUCAUUGUACAAAGCCGACCUCAGGUGUAG